CGGAAUGAGCCCUUUUCAUCGUAUUGAAGGAUGUGUAGCCAGGCCUCUUGCAAAGGUUAGAGCGAGGAUCUGGUAACACGAUUUCAAGCGUACCACUUUCCUAUCUUCCCUUCGUAGAAUCUAUCUCCAACCAAUCCUGGCCACGUUGAAAACAUAUGUGUGAUAGGCGCUAGUCAUGGAAGAGAAAAAGGAAGUCAUUACGAACUUGAUCCUGACCACCAUGUCUUCGCACUCACUGACAGAACCUGCUACUGGUAUACAUCGGUUGCCUCCAGAUGUGCUCGGAGAAAUCUUCUUACAGACCCUCAACGGUGAUACUUACAACGUGGCCAAUAUCGCCGAAAGCCCUUGGAUACUGGGCCACAUCUGUCACUCCUGGAGGCAAAUAUCCUUGUCACUCCCUACCCUUUGGUCGAACAUGGUCAUCGCAGAGGAUUUUAACAUUGAUCCCGAGCGUUUGUUGAUCAAGCUAGACGUCGCCCUUCGUCGCUCCGGAAACGCGCCUCUAACAUUUUGGUCGUUCUUUGGACCUGAUGGUGUUAUGUCUGACGCAGUAGACAGACUGGCUGAAGAGUCAUCUCGAUGGCGUGACGUGGUAUUCAUGCUCGGACUUUCCCCAGAAUCAAUGUUUCCAGCGCCACUCGACCUAUCCUCCCUCGAAUGCUUCUCCCUCCACGUCGCCCCGGGUUAUGGAUCGGUUACAGGGACUGAAAUUCCCACCGGUAUUCUUGAUACCGCCCCAAAGCUUCGAAAGGUUUGGUUAUCUCCGUCUACAACGAUUCAUCUUCCUCGGCAGCUUGAGGAAUUGAAUGUAGGCCCUAUAAGUAUGCAGAAUCUGUUGCAUAUCCUUAGUGGGGCUCCGGAGAUAAGGGUAUUGAGAACGUCGGUGCUGGCAGGAGGUGCUAUAUCAACACCUUUGAUCCACAGCUCCCUGCAGGUUCUUGAGCUAGGGUUGCAUUCUGCGUUCCUGUCUCAUCUCAAAUACAUGACGAUUCCCUCUCUUAUCCAUCUCACCUUUCAUGAGACUUUAACAACCGACGAACUCAAUAUUUUGUCUAGUUUUCUUUGUCGUUCAGCCUGUCAACUCCAAUUCCUCCAGUUCAAUGUCAGGAUGAUCCAUCACUCGGAUCUCGUGAAUUUCCUCUCCGAGCAAUAUCAUCUCGCGCACCUGGAGAUAGAACCGGAAUAUGGAGAAUAUGACAACUUCGGGAACUACAUUCCCAAGCCGCAAAAGGACUCCAUGGCACCCUUCUUUCAAGCACUAUCCUCGUUGCUUCCGAUGCUUGAAAACCUUGUCGUUUUACCGCGUAACUCUGCGUGCGAUUUGCGCGACGUCAUUGUGAUGCUUCAACGUCGAAACGAAACUGUAGCCACGAGAUUGCGGCACUUUACCCUGCAACUGUACAUGAGUGACCUCGAAUCAGAACCCGAGUGUAUCCCGAAACUCUGGGCUUUUGUAGAUGAGGGGCUUGACCUCAGGAUAAGUGGUUGCUCUUUGGUCAAUGAAGUUGCGUUUGAGUUCGGAAACAAUACACAGUCGAGUGAUGGAUCAAUUUGACCAUCUCUAUAUAUACUUCUAUGUCUUUCUUUGACGUGGGGCGGAGGGGGGGUGGUUUCACUGCUGACUCUAUGAUUGGUGUAGUUUACACCAUUAACAAUUUGCUAUAUCUAUUCUGUCGACGAGACUUUCAAAUGAAUCCAUGGUCCUUAGAUAUCUGAG